AUGCAUUUCAGGAAGAAGUCUAAUUUGAGUAAUGGCGGCGAGGACGAGCACAGGCUCUCGGAUGUCAAGGUGUCUAAGGAGGAUGCUGCACGUCUGAAGAUCCGUACUGCCUCAGUGAACGAUCCUAUCUUGGAUGCUGUCAACGAAGCUCAACCUUUUGAGCAAGCUGCUGAUACUUUCCAUGACAACAUGAACAGACAGUCCUAUUUCUCUACCGACGGUGGUAAUGUGCUGCGUGAUGUUUUUGGACAGCCUAUCACCACUCCUGAUAUCUCCAACCCUACCAGAGCUAGAGACGAGAGACCACUUGAUACCAUUAGAAGCUUCGAAUAUGCUGUCUCUGGUGACCCAUCUUGGGCCCAACAGCUAGAGACCGCUACUUACGGUUUCAGGCCAAGACCAGACUUCCCAUUGCUAAACCCAUACGCUAAUAACGCUUCCGCUUCCCAGGCCUACAACGAACAAGCUGUCUACCAACCUCCAGUCCAUGAAGUUGGUGAAAAGAAGAAGAAGAAGAGAGGUUUGUUCGGUAGAAAGAAGAAGUCUAAGGAUUAA